UAGAGGCGUAUCUUCUCCAGCAGGAAGUAGGACAGUCACUCCCCUGUCUGCCAGGCUCCUAUGAAGUGGUGGAGAUGGCAGCGAACUUCAUCUGCAGUUGUAUUGUACUUUGCUGCUUAACACUCUGGAGCUUCAACGGGACUUCAGGUGAUAUACAUGUACCACCACCUUAUUCAACCAUGAAACCUGGCUCCCCUAUCCCAGCGAACAUCAACAGCCCUGGUGUUCGCAAGGCAGCUCGCUUUGGGGUUUAUAGAUACAACAACAGUUCCAACGACCUCUUUCUGUUUAAGGAUUCACGAAUAAACAAAGCCAUGGUACAGAUUGUCAGAGGGCUGAAAUACAUGCUCCAUGUGGAAAUCAAACGCACUGUGUGUGAGAAGAGGGAGCACUCCAGCCUGGACAGCUGUCACUUCCAGAGGAAAAAAAACCUGCAACAGACGCUGAGAUGCUAUUUUGAGGUCUGGAUAACACCUUGGUUACAGAAAGUACAUGUCCCUGUUGUCCACUGUCACCAACAGCUUUCCCCAUAAAAGCCUGACUUACAGGGGAUCUACCACCAUGUGUUUUUCCUUACCUGGACUGUUGACAUCAAUACUAAAGUGGAGAAUGUACAGAACCACCAUAGAGCUUUUCUCUCAAAGUACAUGGUUGUUUUUUCCUCGAGAAAGAUACUCAAAAGUGACAAAGACCUGCCUUGACUGAA